ACCAAUAAUCGUGUAGCUUUUAUUCUUCUUCCUUAGCUACUGUACUGACAACACAACAUGUGGAAGUCACAUUAAUGAACAAUACAAAACACCGCAUGCUAUUAAUCUUUCAAUAGAUUCAAAGUCUGAAUAGGUACUGUACGUUUGAUUUGAACGUUAGCUCACCGAUGCAGGUUAGCUUAACGUUAGCUGUUCAUUUAGCAUCGGCACCUUGCUUACCCUCAGAAACAUCUAACGUUGCUGCUCAGCAGGUGGAAGUCAUACACUGAGCAUCAAAGCGAGUGAUAAAAGGCAGCUAUAUCACCUGAGUCUAAGUGCUUUGCUGAUUAUGGAUGACUUGAGAAUUGAGCUAGGGACUCUUGAAAACUUAGAGGAUGACAAUGAUUCCUCAGAUGACAACUCUUCAAAAAGAGGGAAAAAAUAUAAGCUCCCUUUGGUUAACCCCAUGUGUGUAGAGACACCUAAGGAAACUGGGUUUCACCAGACUACCAGAAUCUGUCUGGAGCAGAUCAGAGAAGCCCUGCUACAUCACAGAUGGCAAGAGGCAGCAGAAUAUAUGGCAUGUUACCCACAAAUGUUAGACGACUCAACCAAUGGCACAGCUCAACAGCAUAAGGAGCUUAUUUGGCGCAUCAGUGCUGAGAUCCUUCACCAUCACCCCAACUCAAAGAUGGAAGACUACAACAACAUCUAUGAACGAAUGAAACACUCUGGAGUUAGACAUUACCUGAUGAUUUGUCUUGAACAAUCGUUUCACCUGCUGCUUAAUGGUCACAUCGAGGAUGCAAAGCGUCAGCUGUCUGUCGCUGAAGGUUGGAGGCAUGGGAAGGAGUCAGCAGUUCAGGAUCAGAGGGCAAAACUUAUCCAGGCCUACAGGAGUUUGCUGGAUUAUAUCAUCUGGUGUGACAAAAAGUGUACACAACCCAACACUGAUGAUCCAGACUUUGGUGACAACCCUGACAUGCACAACUACUUCAGACAAGCCUCUGUGAAUUUAAAGGAGAUUUUAAAAUAUCCUGGCGUCUGGGAUCCCUUCAUACUGAGUUAUGUUGAGAUGCUGGAGUUCUAUGGGAACCAUGAGGAGGCCUUGAAAGUCCUUAAUGACUAUGCUUAUGACAGCAAUUUCCCCCCCAAUCCCAAUGCACAUGUAUAUCUGUACCAGUACUUGAAACGGCACGAUACUUCAGAGAGGAAACUAAUGAAAGCAUUGAAGAUCCUCCAUGUGUUAGUCCCUAGCCAUGAGUUGAUGUUGGAGUAUAGCGGUCUCCUGCUUCUGUCAGAGAAAAAAAGUGACAUCCAGAAAGCUUUAGAAGUCAUUCUGGAAAUGCUGGACUUUGCCUGCUGGAAGAGCAACCUGGACGUGUGGAAGCAUUUAAAGACCAUUAUUCAAAAAUUACAGAUACAAAAAGACUGGAAGAACGUUGUCUUUGAGAAAAUGGCUGCAAGAAAGGACUGGUGGCCGGCUCUGCACUUCACAAGCUUCCACGCCAGUAAAGACUCUGAGGAGAACCCUGAGCUCGUAGAAGUGAAGGCAUCACUGACAAAAAUCCUUUGCCCAGAUCUAACGCUGAAGUACACAGCUGGACAGGGAACUAGUGGAGAGUAGACUUGAACUCACAGAGACGAUAUUUAUAUCUUCACAAUCAAGCACGGGCCUGAAAGGCUGUCGGAACUAUGGAAAAACCCCGUCAAAAGCGUCAUGAUGAAGAGCAAGAGUCUUCACGAAUGCACUUUUGACAUGAACUUUAUUUCAUUAAGAUUUCUUUUUUUGGGUGUUAAAAUAUAAAGUUUCACUGACACACAGACUUAUGUUCCAAAGGUCAAAACUGAAUCUUUUUUUAAACAUUGUUCGCUCACGUUUGCUAAAUUGCACCUCGAGCUUUAUUAUCAAGGCACAUGCUAGAUCGUCCACUAUGUGGAGCUGUUGUUCUGUACUUUAGCAGUGCGUCUCUGGAGGGUAUGAGCACCUAAUUUUGACAGAAACUGAGUGGAGCUCUGAAUGCCAGUGUUCUUGUUGGUUUCUGUAAACAUUUUAAUGGAGCCUCAGUUGACCAUUGACCGCUCUAUGGGGGUUUUAAGGAUACAAGAAAGUGUACGCCACUUGGUCUGAGGGAUUUUCUCUCAGUCCGAUUUUCUCUCAGGAUUGUCUUGUUGGAAUAAUUAGCACAGACCUGUCAGCAAAGUGAUGAGCAGAUGUUUAAGUAAGCGGGACAGACCAUUGACAGGUGGUUGCUGCUAAUAGCGAGGUGCCUUCAGUAAAAGAUCAUAUUUGAUUUGUGGUCAGUUUUUACAUGUGCUAAUAUUUUGCACACAUGCAGUACACCCAUGUCAAUGCUGUCAAGCUUCCUUUUCACAAAGUUCUGACAUUUCAGAGUACCUUGUGGAAAAGAGGCCAGUGUAUAUUUUCCAUUUUCCAUCUUUUCAGUUUCUGUAGAAAAUAUAUAUUUCUGUUCUUAACAAUGUUUCUAAUGGCAUGACAGGAUCCUGGACUUGACACGCUGUGCUUACUCUCCUUUUGGAUGGAACCAUGAUAUAAAGUCUUGCGUCCAGCAGCAUGGCAGUUUAAUAAAUGGAAGUGUUUAUAAUGA